UCUGGAAAGGGAAAACAAGGGAAAGAUUUCUGUUUUCGUGCUUUCAACAUUUAAGAGUCACUGUGUUAUUUCAGUUGCUCGUUUCGUUAAUCGCAGGCAACGUUGCUUUGUAAUAAGGACUUUGGUUCAAUGGAAACAGUCUAACCAUGUUCAGCUUUGAGGGAGAUUUCAAAACAAGACCCAAGGUAUCUCUUGGAGGAGCAAGUAAAAAGGAGGAAAAAGCAUCUCUCCUGCAUCGAACACAAGAAGAGAGAAGGAAAAGAGAAGAUGAAAGAAGAAGACUGAAAAAUGCAAUAAUUAUUCAGUCAUAUGUGCGUGGAUACAAGGACAGGAAGCAGCAGUAUGCUAUUCAGAGGAGCAAGUUUGACCAUUGUGCCUGCUCAGUGCAGUCAGGUGGGGGACUCCCAGUACCUGAAGGACCCAGUCUCAGUCUCUUAGUACGGCAACUUCUAUUUUUCUAUCGACAGAGUGAAGACUCUAACAGAUUGAUAUGGAUGUGCCAGAAUUUGGUGAAGUACAAUGUCCAGUUUGUGAAGCUGCUUUCUGGAGCAGAAAGGCAGACGUGUGUUUUUCAGAUAAAGAGGAUUCUGGGCCUCUGUUGCAGACUCUUGCAGACCUGCAAGGAAGACAGUUUGAAUGUUGCAGUUCCCAUGAGAAUGCUGGAGAUAUAUUCUUCAGAGAGAACUUAUUUGCCUGUUCUUCUAGAUGCUAAUUGUGUAGCAUCUUUGGUCGAACAAAUUUUGCACUAUAUGGUACACAAAGGAUACUACAGGUCACUGUACAUCUUAGUAAAUCAUAGGCUUCCAUCGAGUUUGGAGUACAGCGACGCCCCCCGUGUCCCAUUGGCCAGCACCCUGCUGGAGCACACCCUCAAACCCCUGCACUUUACCUACUCCACCUGCACACCGGGCGCAAGACAGUUCGUGUUUGCGGCCUUCACUGAGGAGUUCAUAUCGGCCCCCUUCACGGAGCAGGUGUUCCACUUCUUCAUUCCGGCGCUGGCAGACCGGCGCUCCUCCUUCCCCCUGGAGGCGUUCCUGGGCUCGCUGCGGGGCUCGGCGUGCACGGGGGAGGGCGCCGCCAGGCGGGCGCCCUGGCUCUUCUACUUUGUGCUCGCCGUCGGGGAGACCAGCCUGGGCACGUUGUCAGAGGAAGGCCUGCUGCUGUACCUGUGGGCUCUGCAGACCCUGCUGCCCCUGCUCCCUGUGUCCGAGACCUGCACCAGGCAGGAGGUCACCAGCGACUCCGAGGAUGAGGAAGACACCGACGUCAAAGCACUUUCCACACAGGAGGACAGCAGAAUAUCGGUGCAGCUGAUCACGGAGGAGUGUCUCCGAAAGCUGGACACCAAGCAGCAGACCAACACCCUGCUCAACCUGGUAUGGAGGGACUCGGCCAGCGAGGAGGUCUUCACCAUGAUGGCCUCCAUCUGCCACACCCUCAUGGUGCAGCACCGCAUGAUGGUGCCCAAAGUCAGGCUUCUCUACAGUUUGGCCUUCAAUGCAAGGUUUCUGCGGCACCUCUGGCACCUGAUAACUUCCAUGACGACGAAAAUGAUCACGGGGUCCAUGGUGCCCCUGCUGCAGGUCAUCUCUCGCGGGUCACCCAUGUCCCUGGAGGACUCCAACAGGAUCAUCCCCAUCUUCUAUCUCUUCAGCUCCCUCUUCAGCCACUCCCUCAUCUCCGUGCACGACAGCGAGUUCUUCGGCCACUCCAUGGAAGGGCAAAGCCAGUCGUCCAUGAUGCCCUUCACGCUGGCGGAGCUGGUGACGCUGUCGCGGUGCCUGAGGGACGCCUGCCUGGGCAUCAUCAAGCUGGCCUACCCCGAAACCAAGACGGAGCACCGCGAGGAGUACCUCGCCGCCUUCCGCAGCGUCGGGGUGAAGACCAACUCCGAGAUGCAGCAGCGCAUUCAGGCCGAGCAGAAGCGCUGGGUCCAGCUCUUCAAGGUGAUCACUAACCUGGUGAAGAUGGUCAAAGCCAGAGAUAUCCGACGGCCCUUCUGUCCACCUGGUCACUGGCUAUCUGAAGAAGUCAACAUCCGAGCAGAUAAGGUAACCCAGCUGUAUGUCCCAUCAGCGCGGCAUGUGUGGAGGACCCGUAGAAUGGGGCGCAUCGGACCCCUGCAGUCCACUCUGGAUGUUGGGAUGGAGCCGGCUCAGCUGUCAGUGUCAGAGGAAAGACACCUCGCCAUCCUCACGGAGCUGCCAUUCGUCGUCCCCUUCGAGGAGCGAGUCAAAAUCUUCCAGCGACUGAUCUAUGCAGACAAACGAGAAGUCCAAGGCGAUGGUCCUUUCUUGGAUGGAAUCAACAUCACUAUUCGACGGAACUACAUUUAUGAGGAUGCGUAUGAUAAGCUGUCUCCAGAGAAUGAGCCAGACCUGAAGAAGAGAAUCCGGGUCCACUUGCUGAACGCUCACGGCCUGGACGAGGCCGGCAUUGACGGGGGCGGCAUAUUCCGCGAGUUCCUCAACGAGCUGCUGAAGUCGGGCUUCAACCCCAACCAGGGCUUCUUCAAAACCACCAACGAAGGCCUGCUCUAUCCCAGUCCUACUGCGCAGAUGCUGGUCGGGGACUCCUUUGCCAGACACUACUACUUCCUGGGGAGAAUAUUAGGAAAAGCGCUGUACGAGAACAUGCUGGUGGAGCUGCCGUUCGCCACCUUCUUCCUUUCCAAGCUGCUGGGCACCAGCGCCGACGUGGACAUCCACCACCUGGCCUCGCUGGACCCGGAGAUGUACCGCAACCUGCUCUUCCUCAAGAGCUACGAGGAGGACGUGGAGGAGCUGGGCCUCAACUUCACCGUGGUCAACAACGACCUGGGAGAGGCACAGGUGGUUGAGCUCAAGCCCGGUGGUAAGGACAUCCCGGUGACUACCGCCAACAGGAUAGCGUACAUCCAUCUGGUGGCCGAUUACAGGCUGAACAAACAGAUCCGGCCCCACUGCCUGGCUUUCAGGAAGGGCCUCGCCAACGUGGUCAACCUGGAGUGGCUGCGCAUGUUUGAUCAGCAGGAGAUCCAGGUGCUUAUCUCUGGUGCACAUGUUCCUAUUUGCCUUGAUGACCUGAAGAAGUUUACAAACUAUUCUGGGGGCUACUCCGCCAAUCACCCCGUCAUCAAAAUCUUCUGGGAGGUGGUGGAAAGCUUCACGGACGAAGAGAAGCGCAAGCUGCUCAAGUUCGUCACCAGUUGCUCCAGACCGCCGCUGCUGGGGUUCAAGGAGCUGUACCCAGCGUUCUGCAUCCACAACGGGGGCAGUGACCUGGAGCGCCUGCCCACCGCCAGCACCUGCAUGAACCUGCUCAAGCUUCCGGAGUUUUGCGACGACCAGCUGAUGAGGAACAAGCUCCUGUACGCCAUCGAGUCCUCGGCAGGGUUCGAGCUGAGCUGAGGGUCUGCAGAGAGGAACGCGUGCAGAGGGAACCCGAGCCUGCGGAAGGACAGCACUGUGUGUGAGGGAAAGAUGAGCACACGCACACGAGCACGCGCAGACACACGCACGUCACAGCUCAACACAUACAGGCAGACAGCUAUACACGCGCACGCGCACACACACGCACACACACACACACACACGCACACACGCACACA